AUGCUUCUAUUGGCAGCUCCUGUCGCUGAAGCAUUUGUCCCUGUCAGCAAAAUCGCUUCUGCUGCCAAUUCCAAGGCUGGCGUAGUCAUUCCCAAUAAGUCUACUACUAUCAUCCACAAACCGCGUACUUCGGUCGCGAUGGAAGCAUACAAGAAGCGAGAACGCGCCGCCAAGAAGGCAGAAGAAAAGGAAAAGACGCCUCCAUUGACGCUUUUCAUUUCCUACAUGACACCCUGGCGAAAUCCGAACAGCAUUUUUCUCUACAUGUUUUUGGUGGUUUACCUUUUGGGUUCAUAUUCGGAGGCGAAAUCAGCGGCCGGUAUGUGA